AUGAACUACACCACCUUCUGCGGCGGUCUCGGUGGAUUCCCGGAUGGAACCAUCUACCAGUGCUACGACUCCGGCGCCGGAGGCGUGACCCAGCAACUGCCUGGACCCGGAUCCUACUCGGUCUUUUCCGACAAGAACCCAUCCCAAUUUGCGGUGGCACUCUGGAGCAGAGACACAGUCGCCACUGUCAAGACGGAGAAGGGGUACACUAUCACGCAGUCGUGGGGAAAGCUGAACGACGAACCAGCAGCUCCUUAUGUCAACGUGAAGGACCAGACUGGUUACGUGCUGUACGAUGCUGUCAGUUACCCUGAAUAUGGUCCGAUGCAGCUUCCCUGGAACCCUCACGCGCGAAAUCCCGUCGCAACGGUCCCCUUCGGUGGGCAUGAAAUGCGAGGCAUUCGUUCAUUCAACGCCGGAUGCGACUUCCGUUAA